AAACCUCAAUUAUCUUUCAUUGUUUCAUUCCUUCUUCAUAUAUAUUCUCUACAGAAACCCUACGCUCUCUAUCUAUUUUUGAUUGAUUCAAUCUUCUCUUACGAACCAACUUAACUGCCUAUUCAAAUCUGUCACGAUGAAAUUCCUAGUCCUUGCUCUGCUUUUCGCGGCCGCUCCUUACAUCCAGGCUACUUCAUUUUUGGCAACGUCCAACGGAGUGGGCUCUUCCUUGAACACUUUGCAAGCCUCUAUUGCACGGAUCCGACAAGUCUCACAGGCCCAUGGGCACACCCAAAUCACCAACAAAUGUGACCAAGCACAAUCACACUUGAAACUCGCACAAGGUGCUUUUGGUCAACUCCAGGGGGGAUUCCUACACGCGCCUUGGAACGCUCGUGGUUCAUCCCAGGCCAAUCAAGUCCGAACUCGAUUGUCUUUGUGUGGAAACGUGCUGAAUUCAAUCUACGCACAACCUGAAAUGAAAUCGUUUCCUGAGUACAAAUCCCCUAUGUCUCAAUCUCAAGCGACAUACCGAAGCGUUCAGAAAGGCUGUCAAGACAUCUGGCAAUGGCCUGCCCCUAACUCAGGCGAAUCUGACGAUGAUGAUUCAUACUCUAAAGAAGGCUAUGGCAGCAGCUACACGCCCCCAUCUUCAGACUAUGCCCCUCGCCCUAAACCCAGUCAAGCUCAUAGUGGCUAUUUCCGUCGCUCGACUUCCCACAAAAUCAGAGCUUGUCAGAAUUCGGAGACCUCCUGCCCUAUCAACUCUGUGGACGGUGGUUACGAAUGUCUCGAUCUUAAAGUGGAAGUCGGUUCCUGCGGUGGAUGUGUAUCGAAGAAAGAAGGAGAGAACUGCCUCUUAAUUGAAGGAGCGGACGGUGUUGGAUGCCUCGAGGGCAAAUGUGUUGUAUUGUCGGUCAAGGAGGGUUACGCGCCCGGGGCGAACGGUCGACCCACUUUGAUUGGCCUGCACCAAGCCUACUAAGCGCCUACUUGGGACUUAUGUUACACUGUUCAACCCAGUCCUUUCUCACCCUUCGGGUAUGUCAGCAUACCUGCCAUUGACCGCCAAGGCGGUCCAUCAUUGGUUUAUUCUUGAAGCAGUCUCAAUUGGACAAACCCGUUCACAAAGCAAACUUCAAUGGACUCUAAUUACCGUUGACUUUUUCUGUGUACUUGCUCUGUUAUUUUCGUCUUUUUCCUAUUUAUUAUCUGUUUCAGCAGUAAUGCAUAAUCAUUCUGUCUUCUUUGAAAUUUACGACCCUACCUUUAGAUAUGAUUUCUUGAAGUUGAAACAAUGAACGGCAAAGCUAGCCCUCAUGAUGCCUUUUUCCACAUU